UACGACAAUUCUCCCCUCGGACAUUCUACAGCCCACGCAGUCAAGAUGCGGUACAUUCACUCCGAGGAACGGCUGUCCAUCCCCGAGAAUGUGAAGGUUCACAUUCGUUCGCGCAUUGUGACCGUCGAGGGCCCCCGAGGCAAGCUCGUUAAGGACCUCUCUCACAUCGCCGUUACCUUCGGCCGCCCUGAGAGUAAUGUUAUCUCGAUCGAGAUGCACCACGGUGCCCGCAAGGGUGUCGCUACCCUCCGUACCGUCCGCACCAUCAUUAACAACCUGAUCAUCGGUGUCACCAAGGGCUUCAAGUACAAGAUGCGUUAUGUUUACGCCCAUUUUCCCAUCAACGUCAACAUUGACAAGAACGCCGAGACUGGCCAGUACGACGUUGAGAUCAGAAACUUCUUGGGUGAGAAGUAUGUCCGUCGUGUGACUGCUCAGCCCGGUGUCGAGGUCAUCACCUCGCCCAGUGUCAAGGAUGAGCUUCAGCUCUUCGGUAACUCCCUCGAGGGUGUCUCCCAGAGUGCUGCCGACAUCCAGCAGAUCUGCAGAGUCCGGAACAAGGAUAUCCGGAAGUUCCUUGACGGUCUCUACGUGUCGGAGCGGGGCAACGUCGUCGAAGAGUAAACGGUUUGACGGAGGUGUCCGCCUGGGUGGGUAGAUUUAGGAUGUCUGGAGAAUUUAUGUCUCGCCUACUUGCACUAGGGAAGAAGCAACAAAAGCGAAAUACAAAAAGAA